AUGGCUGAUAACCGAAGCAUGCAGUCCAAUCAGGCUACAAGCUACUCCGAUCUAAGUGAGGCGACAACAGAUGUCACCCUUUUCGUGGAGAUGCCGGGGGAUGUACGCGCCACACUGAACAGCUACGUGCCCUUGGAUGCGAACGACGACACUGUGAAGCUCCUUCGGGAGACGUUCAAGUACCUUCCAUCAGAUGGUAGAUUUCACCUUGCCGAGGAUAUCAUUCAGGCUGGCACACACUACAAGUUGCGCCAACUUGCCCAGAGUGUUGUUACAGGCCUUCUCACACCGAUGAAGGUUGCUGGUGCCAAGACGGCGGAGAUUACUCCUUCGCCGCGGCUAGGCAUUGAAGACUCAAUAGAACAUCUUGCCAGCAUGACGGAUGAGUCAAUGACGCGUGGGCCCCAACAACAGCUACGAGAGGAUACUCUUCGUAGAGAUGGCAGUAAAUGCGUUGUAUCGGGUCAUUAUGAUGUCCAAUCAGAGGAGUUAUAUCCCGACGAAGUGACAGCCGACCUAGAAACUGCACAUAUUAUGCCUUUUGCUUUAGCAAAAUUUGAUAACGACGAUGAGAGACGGCAAAUAAUAGCUGUUUGGAUGAACAUUUUUCGUUAUUUCCCAAGCAUUCGUUCCCGGUUGAACUUCUAUUAUCAGAACAUUAACUCUAUGGAAAAUGUGUUGAUGCUUUCCCAACCUCUCCACAAGCAAUUCGGACGAUUUAGUCUUGCACUUGAACAGACCGACACCGUACACCAAUAUCGUGUCAAGACUUUCCGUCGGUUUGCAAAAGGUCUUCGAGUUUUUCUACCGGAGAGUGGAAUUGUCACCAUGACAGCCCAUGAUGGACGCUUUCCAUUGCCUUCACCUAUUUUACUCCAAGUUCACUGCGCCGUUGCGAACAUACUCCACGCGACCGGCAGGGGUGAGAAGAUUGACCGAGUGCUAUGCGACUAUGAUGCGACUGGCGGCCUUGCUAGUGAUGGUAGUACGAAUGUCUCACAGCUAUUAUCUGUAACUAAACUUGCAUUGUUUCCCACGAUUCGAGAGUGCAGCAUGAACUCGAAACCCGCAAGACCUAAGUAUAGUGACGUUCAAAAGAGGCGCACCCAAACUACUCAGGCAAGCCACCUGCCAAAUGAAUUGAAGGAAAAUCGAAUUGAAUGCUAA